AUGACUGACAAACCAUUUGAGGAUGUCGAUAUCGACGAUGAAAUGAAUGAAUUUGACGACAAUGAAGAAGCACCAGUGGAUAACGAAGCACUCUUCGGUAGAGUGGAGCAAGAAGAAGCAGCAGAAAAAACUCGCAUAGAAGAUGGAAGUAAGAGACUGUUUGACCUUCCUGAAUUUACACGUAAAGACAAGACACUUCAAGAAAUCUUGGAUCUAAUGGAAGACAAUCCACCAGUUAUUCCAGAUGCAGUGAUAGAUUACUACAUGACAAAAAAUGGAUUCGAUUGCUCAGACGUAAAGGUUAAAAGACUAUUAGCCCUAGCCACUCAGAAGUUCGUCAGCGAUAUAGCAUCUGAUGCAUACGAAUAUUCAAGAAUUAGAUCUGCUAUAACUGUUCACAACUCGAAUAAUGGACAAGCAAGAGCCAGGCAGCUAUUGAUCGGACAGCAGCUGACCCAACAACAACAGCAACAAAACGAAAAAACUAAUGCAAACAAAGUCGUCCUCACCGUUAAUGAUUUGAGUAGUGCUGUCGCUGAAUACGGUUUGAACAUCAGUAGACCUGACUUUUACCGUUAA